AUUGAAUGUGUAGUGAUCCCUAAAGGUGAUUGUAUGCGCAUGGAUGCAUGCCAAAAAGCAUAUCCAAGGAUCACUGAUAGCUGGUAUGGACUUUCGGCAGCCAGUGCACCCUUCAUGCAUGCAGAAGCAAAGUUGAGUACAUACUCUUCUGCUACUUCUUUGUGUAUGCGCUAUGUUCAAGCCGAAAGCACCUUGUUAUCCAGAUUGAGAGACAGACAGUUUGUCACAAAUGAGAACACAAUGCUGUAGAAGGACAGGUUUGGAGCCAUGAACAGCAAGCGGUUUAUGCGGUCAAGGUUCGUGGUAGAGACACAGCAAUCACUCGCCUCCUUGCCUGCCCACCUCUAUGUACACCCUACCUGCCUUCACCCUCCUGAACAUGCUGCAGUUCAAUCAUGCUCGCCAAACCCAUGUUCAACCUCAUGAAGUUUCAUCAGAUUCUUGCUGCUUGUCUAUGCUAGUGCAAAUCAUAAAAGACGUGCGCACUGUAUUUGAAUUCUGGGUGCAGUGCAAUCUUUCCAGAGCUCACCUCCAUGC